CUCCCUCCAGACAGACAUCAUUUGAGCGCCGCGACCUACAGCUGCAGCCGCGGGGAUGGAGACGACAUCACUGCGGGAAUAACUUACAAAGAGGCGCAUCCAGGGGUUCUAUCAGACCCGGGAUCGUUAUUCCCGAUGCUAUUGAUGUAGCUGCGUUCAAAUCCGUCAACCUUGGAGAGGGCGUUCGGUUUGGACCGCGUGAGCUCCUCGGAACCGGCUGCCAUUCCGCACAGCAACCCGGACCUCACGUCCACACCGGAGGCAUGUGUUUUUGCUGCAUUCGCGAUGAUCUGAGCGUGACUGCUGGGCACUGAGUAGAGGAAUCCCUCCUCUAUCUCUCUCUCUCUCUCUCUCUCACUCUCUCUCUCCCUCCCUCGCUCCCUUUAUUCUUGCCCUGCCUCCCCCCUUUCCGCCUCUCUUUUCUUGUCGCGGGUUCAGCACAAGCUGCCCAGUCAUUUCGCCCCUUUUUUUUGUUGCGGCGCUGGGGAAGCUGAAGGCGAUGGGACGACUCGGCUUCAGCACCACGGAGAGCGCGCGGCUCUUGCUGCUCGGCGUGUUCGGUGUGCUAGCGCUGUCCGUGGUGCUGGCGCAGCAGGAAGGGGAGAACCUGUCCGGUCUGUCCAGCGACCCAGACAAAGCCAUCUUCGCGGUGCGGGAGAACGGCACGACAUGCUUGAUGGUGGAGUUCGCCGUGAGAUUCCUCGUGCCGUACGACGUGCUCGCGCUCAAUGGAAUAGACCUGAUCACCGAGCAGGCGGCCUUCACCCUGCCGCGCGGGGCAGAAAUCGAAGGGAAAUGUGGCAGCACGGAGUCAGAGAUCCACAUAACCUGGAAGAACAACGCCUACACGCUUCGCAUCUACUUCUCCAAGGAGUUCCGUGACAAGGGCGUUGAGGUGUGGAAGAUAAGCAAGGUUCAGUUCGUCUAUGACACCUCGGAGACGUCGCACUUCAUCAACGCGUACAACCCUGGGAAACACACGGCCAACACCCACCGCCUGUCGGCCCUGGUGACCCCCGCCGGUCUCUCCUAUGUGUGCGACGCGCAGCAGACUCUCACCCUGAUCUCGACCGACCACCAGAAGGGCGUCACCAUCUCCAUGUACGACACCCACAUCCAGCCCUUCGACAUCGCCUCGGACUUCAUAUUCAGCGAACCCUACAAGUGCAUCACGGACCAGCGGGAGCGCCUGGAGGAGACCCUCCCCCUCAUCCUGGGCUUCAUCUUGGCCCUCAUCAUCGUCAUCACGCUCGCCGUGUACCACUUCCACCUGAAGCUGACGGCGAGCCAGCCCCAGCUGCCCAGAGACCGCUCCAUGUACAAGAACAUGUAGCGCCCCCCCCCCCCCCCCCCCAUGCACAAGAACAUGUAGCGGCCCCCUCCACAUGCGCUUUUAAAUCAAGUUUAAAAGAAGAAGAAGAAAAAAAUAAGAGACUUGUUUAUUGUGGAUGACGAAGGCCUGAAGGGAACAACACCACUUUUGGGGGGGGGGGGUGGCGUAAGCGUGGCUGGAGCUGCAGGGUGAAUCCACCAAAAAUAACCCACUCCCCCCCCCCCCCCCCCAUCCCUCGGCUCCUGAGUUGAAUCUUAAGGCCCACGAAUUCCUGGUCUGCAUUAAAGUAAUUAGAAUGGUUAUUGAUCCGACUGGCGGUCGUCUGAAAGUCUCCAUCCUUCGAGGUGACAACGUGUCGCCUCGUUCUUUUUCACGUCGAUCCAGUUCAUCGCCGACUGGUCUCCGAAAGGGAAAAUGUACGAAAUGGCCGGAGCUUCUGCUGUCUUUUUGUCCACUGCUUGUUGUCUCCUCCUCUCAAAAGUGCUGCUACGUCGUUUGGACACCCGAUGUUGGUUCUGUAUUCGCCGAUCUUUCUGUUUUUGUUGUUGUUGUUGUUUUUUUUUUUUUCUCCCAAUGCAGCCGUAGUGUUUCGCAGUGGACUUGGAGUCUUGUGGUGUGUGCAGUGCAGUGGCAUUCAGAACCGCGAUGUUUUUUUGCUUUGACUUGGACAAAUCUUUUCUCUCCACAACGAUGUAACAUAUCAAAAAAAAAAAAAAAAAAAAGAAAUACAUGAACAUCUGAUGAAAAUUCCGUUCCAAAGAGUGAAGGGUUUUUAUCAGAAUGCCAUAUGAGAGUGUUUAUGAAAAGAGAGGUUAUCAAAUAAAAAAAAAAAACUAUGUGUAUAAUAUUUUCAGAAUCAAAGUCUAUGCAUAAACCUCUGCUGAUGCAAUCCUGUGCAGUAUUCUUCUGUUCAUUGAAAUAAAUUGCUGGAAUCAUCUCUA